UCUGUGACACUGUAUCGUCAAUAGAGCUUGCUCACGACAGGAUUAGGAGCACACGUGCACCUCGCCUCCAGUCUAGUGAGCUCUUGCUCCUCCGUUGUUGUCACACGACAAGCUACCACACGGUUCGCGUGCAACCCUAACACCACACUCCUAGACGGCAGUGUCAUUCCGAACUGAACACCGAACUCCGUCAGUCGUGCGUUAUCAGCUGCUUCGCUACAUACUCCUAGACUGCACCAAGGCAUGUAGAAACUCCAUGGCAGGACACCAACCCCAAGACACCCCUCCUGAUUCGUCUCCGACUCCCGUGAGGGCUGGCGGAGAAGCAGCGGUAGGCGGAAUGGCCGCACAGGCUGGCGGAGACGGCGGAGACGGCGGAGGCGGAGGCGGAGGCGGAGGCGGAAGCGGAAGCGAAAACUCAGGCGGUCGUCUGGUGGGGGAUGACUAUGUUCUAGAGAAGCAGAUAGGUUCGGGGUCGUUCUCCGUGGUGUGGCGGGGUAGGAGGCGGUCGACUGGCGACGCGGUGGCGAUUAAGGAGAUUCCGACGGAGAGAUUAAGUAGCAAGCUGCACGAGAGCCUCGAGUCGGAGAUAGCUAUUCUAAGACGCGCGAGGCAUCCCAACAUCGUGCACCUGCUGGAUAUCGUUAAGACCUCAUCUCGCAUGUUCCUUGUGUUGGAGUACUGUGCCGGGGGUGACCUCUCCCACCACAUCAGGCGGGGAGGGGCUGUGAGGGAGGCUGCAGCGAGGCACUUCAUGCGCCAGCUGGGGGCGGGGCUGCAGGUGCUGCGAGCCAACAACCUCAUUCACCGGGACCUGAAACCCCAGAAUCUUCUACUUUCUGAGCGCACGUCUGCUGCAGUGCUCAAGAUUGCCGACUUUGGAUUUGCCAGGUCGCUGCAGCCGCAGGGCCUCGCAGAGACGCUGUGCGGCUCGCCCCUGUACAUGGCGCCAGAGAUUCUGCAGUGCCAGCGAUACGAUGCGAAGGCGGACCUCUGGAGUGUGGGCGCCAUUCUCUUUGAGCUCGUUGUGGGGCGGCCCCCUUUUGGCGGGCAAAACCACGUUCACCUGCUGCAGAACAUCAAGAGGAGCGAAGCGAGAGUGCCUCGAGACAUAGCAGCAACCCUCUCUGAUGACUGCCUGGGGCUCAUCCGCGCUCUGCUCAAGAGGAACCCUGUGGAGCGGCUGUCGUUUGAACAGUUCUUUAACCACCCGUUCCUUGGCCUGGCAAGCAUUCCACAAUCUAUGGGGCUGCCACCCACUCCCGAAACUCCUCCAUUCCCUACCGAACGUCCACCCUUCCGUAUGGAACCCCCGCCGUUCCCUGCCGAACCUCCGACACCGAGUACCAGACCUCCUGCUGCUGCUGUAGCCGCUCCUUCUGCUCCUAAUGCCGCCCCUUCGACUCCUGCACCCGCCCUAAUGGUGCCUUCUCCCGUCAUAGACCCUGCCCCUGCUCCCACUCUUCUUCCCCCUUCCCUUCCUCCCUCUGCUCGGCCCACCGCCCUUGCUUCCCCUUCGUCCGCCCCCUCUGCUUCCCCUUAUCACUUCACUUCUCCCCACGUUCCCCCUGGCCCCACUGCGCAUACUGUCCAUAGCCCUGCUUCAGCUGAUGAAAAUAACACUGUAGAUAGUGCUGUCACUGGAGCUCUUAGGGGUGAGGCUUUUAAGGAGGAUAGUGAUCCCUGGGGUGUGGUUGCUGUGGCUGCUGACAGUGGCAGGGGUGGAGGGGCAGGGGGAGGGGUAGGGAAAGGAGCAAGGUCGGGGGAAGGAAGGGAGGGCGAGGGAGACGGAAGGGCUGGUGUUCCUUCUGCAAAGGCAGCAGCAGGAGCGACACUACUGGCAGAAUCUGCAGAGACUUCAACAGCAGUGGCAGCACCGGCUUUGCCUCCCGUAGUUGUCGCUUCUCCUUCUCGGACUGCUCUGCUUCCGGCGCGUGCAGUCACUGCGCAUGAGGUCAGGCCGUUGCCCGGCCAGCGGACCCACCUGCAGCACCAGGAGGUGCAAGUACAGCAACAGCAGGGACAGCAGCAGCAGCAGCAGCAGCAGCAGCAGGGACAGCAGGGACAGCAGCAGCAGCAACACCAUCAGAAGCCAUCAGCUUUCGUGUCAGAAUCUGAGAGGGCAAUAGGAGCAGCAGCAGGAGUGGCAGGAGGAGCAGCAGCAGGAGUGGCAGGAGGAGCAGCUGGAGCGGCACGAGUGUCAGCAGCUGUACCGCCACCAGCGACAGAGACAGCACCACUGUCAGUCACAGUUGCCGGGGCCAAUCACCGGACCAUCACUGGCAGCUACCAUACCAUUCUCCGUGGUAGUCGCACCAUUGGCACCAGCAUUUGUGUCUGCAGCGGUGCCUUCAAAGGAAGAUGAAAGAGGUGGUAUGGACUCAUUCGAGAUGCUCGAGGGGGAUUAUGUGGUAGUAGACCACCCAUCCGAACCGUCUCUGUCCGUCGACCACUCUGUCGACGCAUCUCUCGGCCAGUCCACCACCCAGCCUGUACCCACUGAAUCAUCUCACUACAUGAUGAAGCCACCAGGAUCUGCCUCCACAUUCCCUGGUGCCGUUGCUGCAGCAGCUGCUCUGUCUGCUGUUGUGGGAGCGGCUGUAGCAGCAGCCUCAGCUACAGCCAAGCCGGCCGCGCAUUUCGCAGCUACGAAGAGGGAUCCCACUGCUGUUGCUACAGCUACAGCUGCUGCUGCUGCUACAGCCGGUUUUGUUCCCAGCACCCCUUUGAUCCCUCCUGUGGAUUCUCCAGCUUUGUAUUCCGCGCCCCCUCACCACCUCCCAGCACCACCACCACCUCAUGUAAAUACCUCUGCACAUACACAGUCACUCUCUGUACAGUCCCCCUCUGUAAAGUCACUUGCUGCACAGCCACACUCGUUACAAUCACCAUCUGUACAGUCACCAGUAGUUUCAGCACCACCAGCAGCUCCCCUAGUGAAAGUAUCAGGGUUUAGGCCGAAGGUAGUAUCUACAGGCUUUUCUGCCCAUCCUUCUCAAGCACCGCCAGGGCCUGAAUCUCUUCACCCUUCGGUUCCCAGCCCACGGCUUCCCACCAGUGCACCGUCCCACACCCCACCAUCCCUUGCUCGAUCCGGCUUGGCUCUGGCCGUGAGCCUCAGUGCACCUCGCACAGUCGGCCUUAGCGGCAUUGCUGCUGCCACUGCCAAUGCUACUGCUCCUUCUGGGGUCACUGCAUCUGAAGUGUCACCCAUAGCUGCUGGGUCUGCUGCUGCGGCAGCUGCAGGGGCCGACCGGGGGGGAGGGAUGGGUGUGAAUGUUCUGUCGGCUGUGGGGGGAAUGCGACCGCCACAGCUGGUACGGGAAGAACAGCAGCAGCAGCAGCAGCAGCAGAAGGUGGCGGUUCAGCAUCCCCAGGAGCGCAUAGAUUUCCUCAGGCAGAGCGGGCGCUACAUUGCAGAGAUCGCUGCCAGCAAGAUGGAGGCAGCAGCACCGCUCGCCUCGCUCUCCCUCCACCUGGUCGCCCUUGCAGUGUGGAAAGAGGCUCUCACUCUCUCGCACGAAUGGGCUGCCACCAGCGCUACCAGUGGUGCCAUUGCUACCGGCGUUACUGUUGCUGACAACCCAAAAGGGCUCUUUCCCACUGGUCAUGUGGGUUCUUACAAGGAUGGAAACGUGGGGUUGCAUGGAGGGGGGGAAGAGGCUGCAGCAGCAAUGGCAUGUGAUGUGGUGGAGGCUGAAUUCCUUGCUGCUGUGGAGACAGCCGAGGCUGUUGCUGCUGCUGUCGACAGAGACGACCCAUCACCGGUGCCUGAUGCUUUGGAGAUCAUAUUCCAAACCGCCCUCAUCGCUGGUCGCUCCGCUGCUGUCGAAGAGCUCAUGGGCAACAUGGCAUCGGCAGCAGCAGCCUAUGCUCGCUCCUCGACCCUCUUCUCCUUUCUGCUAGAGCAGGCCCCUCGCCUCCCCAUCUCCCCUCGGCUCAUCCUCUCCUCUCCGGACCGGCAGCGGCUUAUCAAGUACCAUGAGGGGGUGCUGGGCCGACACAAGCACUGCGCUGCUGCACUGUACUAGCCCCUAGCAGCAGCAGCAGCAGCAGCAGCAGCAGCAGCAGCCGCAGCCGCCUAUGCUGCUCCUGCACCCUCUUCUCUCCUACACCAUGCCCGGCGCCUCCCACCUCCUCUUCUACAGAUCGUCAGCGGCUGAUCAAGUACCACGAGGGGGUGCUAGGCCGACACAAGCACUGCGCUGCUGCGCUGUAUUAACCCCUGGGCCCGAGCAACCUAUUUCCGCUCCUCCUCCCUCGUCUCCUUUCCAUUGGACCACCGCGGCUGAUCAAAUACCAUGAAGGGGUGCUGAUUUGUCACAAGCACUGUGCUGCCCCGCCAGUAUUUCUUGGCACAUCAUGCGAUCAUGUGGUGAUUUCUUGGUACCUCUCUCUGUACCAGCCUCUAGCAGCAAAGGUGGUUCUAGUCGCAGCACGGAUUUGCACUCAGCUACUCUGCUGCCAUAUGCACAGCCUCUGUACAGUGUAUAGUGCUCGCUGUUGUGGGUGAAACUGUUCAGUUCAGCCUGUACUCAAACCAGUUCAACCAAAGCCAUAAUGAACA